ACAUGUUCACAUCUUGAUCAAGGACUCAAAAGGAGACAGUUGUCUGGAACCAUCUUCCGUCCAGAGAUGGAGUCUGUUAGACCCCAGAUCCUUCUCACCUGGAGGGUCAUGUGGACAUUGCUACUUCUCUGGGUCAUCCCUGGCGUACUGUCCCAGGACUGGCACAUGACCACAGCCCCUGUGGUGAAUGGCACCGUAGGAGAAGAUGUGGUACUGCCCUGCACCUUCACACAUCCACAGCAAAACACAUACUCUGGGGUCAUCACAGUUCAGUGGCUGUUCAGACAGUCGAAAGCAAAGCCUUUCUUUGAGUGCAAGAUGCAAAAUGUCACACAGAGAAAACCAGAUCGCUGCCUGGUCUCUGAAUCCUCGCUGCGAUUCUUCAUUCACGAGGAUCCUAGAGAGAGCAAACUUUCCCUCCUGGUUAGAAACCUGACACUCACAGACAAUGGAGACUACUUCUGCAGAGUAGAAUUGGAGUAUAAUAGAUGCCAGUCUCCAACACACCUCAACGUCACAGCUCCGGUCCAGAUUCUCAGCCUCACAUGGGACAGAACAGCCUCUGGCUCAGGGAAUGGCAGCCUUUGCUGUAUAGCAGAGGGCAACCCCCGGCCUUCCAUCACCUGGCUAUCCUCUGGCCAGGAGGAGCCCUCAGGCCAGCAGGAUUCCCCUGGAGAUUACCAGAUCAAAAGCUCAAUCCCCUACUCCAUCCAACAUCAGUACACCUGCAGGGCAGACAACAGGCUGGCGAGAGCAGAGGCCUCUUUCCCCCCUAAGGCUUCAUCCCUCUCUGUAGCGCUUUCUGUCUGCGGUGUGAUGCUGGUGCUGCUGCUUGGUGUUGUGGCUGUGUUUUUGCUAAGGAAGAGGGGAAUUCUGAGACUCUGUCCUUCAGACAACAGGUGUGAAGAGCAAACUAAGCCAGGUCAGUCUUGUGAGUGCCCUAUAUAUGCCAACAGCACAGACUUAGAGAAGAGACCAGAGCGGAAUGACCUGACGGAAAUAGGAGCUGAUGAAAUGGAAUUGGUUUACUCAGUCAUUCACAUCCCAGGUCCACCUCUCCAGGGGUUACCUCACGUCUCCACAGCAGACGAGGGUGUCAACUACGCUUCAGUGACUUUCUCCUAACGGCAGGAAACAGGAGAAGAGAUUGUUCCAUAUUUGAAACCAACAUGUCCCACGCUGUGUAAACUGUAAACCGACAUUUCCUAUGCUGUAUGAAAACAAUGCUUCCUUUAGGAAGUAACAGCAGAAAGGUUUCUGACAGCCAUAGGAAAUCACUUUUCCUUUGGUUGGUAUUAACUAAUGCUAAACAAGCUUUUGGCCGUUUUUCUUCAUUCACGAUGAUCCUAUAGAGAGCAAACUUUCCUGUUUUUGGUUGGAUUUACGAAAUAAUUUCUUGUUUUGAGAACAUCUGACUGAAAAAGUCUAGGGAAAAGCCACAGACAAAUUGUUUGUGAUACAAAGUAUGUUGCAAAUAAACUGGGAUGUGUUUGGUUA